AUGUCAGAUAUAGCUGAUCCUGAACCACCUAACGAGGAGUCUCCAUCAGCAGACAAUCCCGAUCCUCCCCCAAAUGAUUCAAAAAGUAAAGUUAUUGACUACAUUGUCAAACGUAUCAAUAAUAUUGAGCGUCACUAUCAUGAAUUUCUCUCUGAGUUCACCUACCUCCAAAGUGGCGGCAUUCUCAAUGAAUAUGAAUCAUGGCGACGUAGUAUGCCGCAAGAUCUAUUGUAUGCCCUCUGUUCUGGCCAUCUCGAUGCUGACGAUCUUAAUAAAAUCGGCUCCUUUAUAUCUGGCCAACUGCCCAUGCAUGAGAUCUUCCCCGUUGCUAUGGAUAGUAGUCAGGCCGAUGAACAGGAUGCGGAUGACUCUGAUGAGGAAUUUGACAGGAUAGUAGAUGAGGCAGCAAUUCCUGUAUUAGUUCGAAAGGAAAUGGAGACACUCAAACGUGUUGCCGAGUUCAAGAGAUUGGGGAUCUGGUCACGAGAUUCUUCUGAUCCCGUUCCCACACUCACAAACUUGGCUCCCUCUCAAGAGCCAGCUCGACCUAAAGAUCACAUGGAUUUUCUUUUUGCUGAAAUGCGUUGGCUCGCAGACGACUUUAAGAAGGAGAGACAUUGGAAAAAAAUGGCUGCUAAGAGGCUUGCUUACGCUGCUGCCAAAGUAUUCAAGGAAAAGGCAGAGCGUUCACAGAAAGCAGAGAAAGAGGAAAUUUUGCGAAUAAGAAAGCAGUGCUCUUUGAUUUCAAGAAUGGUUCGAGAUUGGUGGCGACAGAUGGAUAAGAUCGUGCAAACGAAACAAAAAGCCCGUUUAUCGGCCCGUCAUCAACAGGCAAUGUCUACGCAUUUGGGUCAUGUUAUUGAGACCACUGAGAGGUACACAAUGUGGCUCACAGAGGGUAUCAUUGGUUCAAAACAGAACGACCAAGACGCAGCCUCUAAGGACAAGGAGACUGUUAAGGAGGAGACUGCUGCCACUCCUGAUGCUGCUGCUGCUGAUUCUGAUGCCGAAUUCGUGGUGAGUGCAUUGCUGGAUAUGUAG